GUUCGAAAGAGGCAGCGGAACGACCGCUUCUCGAAUUUUCACUUGCUGCGACUUCUCUACCACAAGGAACACCGGGCCACACUUUACGCUUGUACAUCCGGAAUCUCAUAAAUCUGCAUCAUAGUUCCGGAGGUGCCCUACAUAUCCACGUGUCACCCGCGCGUGCGCGCGAUUCCGAGGAGAUAGUUUGUUUAGGACGAGCUUCGUGUCGAGAGUCGAGUAGCGCGCUCAUCACGAGGUUUCGUGCGCCCGAACGGAUCAAGAUGCCGAGGCCUAAAGCGGCACCGUUUUACCUUUUUCUGCAACAUUUGAAAGAAGAACACCGGAGAGAAACGGGAGUGUACAUGGCUCCGGACCGAAUUCACUCGUACGCUGCGGCGAAAUGGGCGGAACUCGACGCUACAGGAAAAAAUCACUGGAAAGGAGUCGCGGAAAGGAAGAACGCGGAAGCAAGAUUGGUUCCUCCCCAGAUUAGGAUUCCAGUAAAAAACACAGUGCCCUUCGAGCUAAAGAGCCGAUCACAGCAAAUGCUACAGAAAGUCGAGGAGUUCCUGGACUGGUGCGGCUCUGAACGACUUUCAUUAAUGUCGCGGGAAUUCAUCUCGUGCUCGAUAACCCCGUUCUUCAAGUCUGCAGGAAACUCGGAGGUGUUCUAUCCGGGCGAAAUUUGUUUAGUUCGUUGGAGCAUAUCUCGCGGUGUUAAAGAACUCUAUCAAGUAUAUCUCGAUCCGGACGUAGGCGACGCGAAGCAUGUCGUCCCGAAAGAGUUCAAAGAUUGGUGUACGAUAUUGACCUGCAAGGACCAUACCACAAUCGCCAAAGAAAUUGUGCAGUUCAUCGGUCGCGCCGGGGGAAUACUCGUUCGCGAGUCUCAGAUGACGAAAAUCGACUCAUGCCUCAAUUUUUUCUUCGAGAAGGUCGAUCACAAAAUUCAGACCCUUGACCAGGAACCUCGGGGGUCCGCAUGCAAAGCGACGGCGUGCACACCGGAAUCAGGUGUUCUUGGCAUUUGAAUAAAGAUUUCUGCUCGGCGAGACGUGCAGUCGAGGAUGCUUACAUCUUGAGCCGGUUGCUCGGCGAGGUCUUCGUUGCAAACAUGACCACGGGAACGCAUUGGCCGGUUGUCGGAAAGCUCGUCCCGAAAGUAGUCCACCGAUGUUCGAAGCGGAUGGACACUUUCAGGUUCAAGAAAGACUCGAAAACCGCUUGGGAGA